AGACCACAUGUUGACCUGUUAUGUUAGUGACCCGUCUUUGGAUUCAGGCACUUGCUGUCUAAACAUAUUCAGUAAAAGCUUGAAGACACUCGAGGCAUUCGAAGAGAAUCGAAUUGUGCAAAUGAAAAAUUUUUUUGUAAAGGAAUUUAACAAUAAUCCUCAAAUCACUCUCAAUUCCUAUUCCAAAUAUGCUCUUUUCACUGCUAAAAAAAUCAAGCAAAUCCAACUCGCCAAUAUGAAUCUUCCUGCGGUACCAAACGAUAAAAUCAUCAUCAAAGCUUUAGAUACUUGGAACGCUGAGGCUUCGGGUUCAGAAGCAAUGGUACAGGUUCCCACUAAGAGACCAUUGUUAGAGACCUCUCAGCUGUAUGAUAAUCCAGCAAAGUACUUUGACUUUGUUGGUCAAAUUGUGAAUAUUAAAAACUUCGAUGCGUUUACUCUGUUGGUAUUAACAGAUUUUACUGAGAAUCCUUACCCACCCACCUUACCUGUCGAUCAAAAGGUCCUAGAUCCCAAGUAUCUGAUUUAUUGCUCUGUAUGGGACUACCAUCGCAGUGUUUGUGCUAAAUUGGAUGUCAAAGAUUUUGUCUUCCUCCGUAAUUGUGUCAAAAAACUCACGGACACGUUGGAAUUCAACAUCCAUGGAAGCAAUGAUCAAAGCAAGCCGCAGGUUGUUUAUAUCUCACCAGACGAUGAUCUUUUGAAGAACGUUCUUGCAAGACGAAAAUCAAUGAAGGCUAGCUCGAAGAAACGUACAAGAGACCAAUUGGAGGCAUACCCACUUCGAACAGAAUUCAUUACCAAGAAGCGUGGAGGCCUCAAAAGUCUCAAGUAUAUCAAAUCUCGACCUGAAAAUGGGAUUUGUGAGGUAAAGGCCAGUAUUUGUAAGUACAGCCCUCAAGAUGUUAGAGAUUGGAUUCAAGGAUACUGCUUUAAGUGUAACGUGCGGUAAGUACAUGCAUCUUUUAAUGGCCAAUACUUGCUGUUUAACGGCCGUAUAUCAGAACUCCUGUUGAUAGCUUUUGUCCAAAAUGUGACAACCCUACCAGUAUCUCGUACGAUGUGAAGCUCACAUUAAAAGACGAGGAAAAUGAAGAACUUGAAGUUUAUUGUAAAGAUCGCCUACUGAGACAGGUUCCCGCACACGAGUAAAGAAAAUAAGUUACAAAAAUGAUUUUGCAUGGUUUUUAUUGAUUCCUCUUUUAUCUAGGGCACAUAGAUCAGAAGCUCAGUUCGAUAAGCUAAAGAGGAUAGUACAUUUAGCGGCCGAUACAGCAAAUGUCUUUUUUGACUUUUGUGUAGGUACUGUUGAUGGCCAUUCAUGCAUUGUGAACACGAGGUUCAUUCUUGAAGAAGACGAGUAAAAAAAAAAACGGUUAUUAUAUCAAUAUGGAUAGCAUUUCUUAAUAGUUCCGCUUAGUGAAAUAAACCUUGCUCUUUGUACAGU